UUUACUAUGACUUGGAUAGUUGGAAAUAACGCGGAGUGAUGGCGCAACUUAUUAUAUGAACACUUGUCUGCCAUAUCCGUAAAACCCUGGCAAUUUUGCGUUGAUAUCAUCAGAGAGAGAUGACGGAGAUCUCGCGUCGGAGUUCGCUCCGCUUCUUAUUAUUCUUUUCCUCGAUUUCCCUACAAUUCUUCGCUGGGUUUUCAGAGGAUUCAAAUUCCAAAGAUGUGACAAAAGUUGAUGCUCAUUCUUCUUCAAGUAGCAAAAAAGGAUCUACAAUUCUGAUAACAUGCAUCACGAUUGGGGCAUUUGCUGUUACUUCAAUCAAAAACACAGGUGUAAAUGGUAGUUGUGCAUCAGGAAGGCGGCUCCCAGCAUUUGUUUCUGGAAUUAGCAAUUGUAUAAAUUUUAUAGCGUGUGAUGAUGAGGACUCAAACUUGUCAUUGAAAUUUGUAUAAUUUUUAUUAACAUGAUGACAAAAGAUGUACUCAUCUUUCUUCAUUGCUUUUUCUGUUUAAUAGUAUAUUUUGUUUUCUUUAUGAAAAUGUAUGUUUUAUAGGAACCACCAUACUUUUUAUAUGUUGCGGAAG